CAGACGUGCGUGGAUAGGGAAAACCUGCUUUCUGUUUGAGCAGGAGGGCGAUGAAAUUGUUGGGAAAACUUGUGUCUGUUUUGUGGAUCAACAGCGUUACCAGAGAGAUGUAGUCACUUUUAUGAUUGCCAGGUGACUUCAAAAAAAGAAAUGUGGUUAUUGAAAGUAUAAAAACCACAUAAUGAUUAUUUGAGUGACUAACCCUCCCAACGUUUGUGAAAGGAAAUGUUUUUGGUGACAAAACGGAGGUAAACAGAGGAACAAUGGAUGACAAGGAUGAUAUCGAUGAUGAAGAUGAUGACAAACCUAGCUUUAGUUCAAACAUGUCUGGACCGCCCAGCUUGGCCAGGAGGGUAGGAAACAUGACAGGUUCUACAUCAGUGGCAUAUUUGAGCCCAAUGGAUCGAAUGGACUCCAAAGAGUUAUUGUUCAGUUUAUUGUUCACCACUUCCACUGAUCAGCCUAGCAGCAGGUUCAGCAGUUCAGUAGGAAGACAUGCCACACCAUAUGAUGAUCCAGAUGAAUAUUUCUCCACUCCAACCUCUUUACCACCCCCUCCUACAGUCAAGGCCACUUCUGAAGGUCACAGUCAGCCAAAAGAAGAAGAGACAGUGAGGGAUCUAGAAAUCAAAAUAGAAGAGCUUCAAGCACGACUUGUAGAAAAAAAGAUGUUAGAGAAAAAAGAACAGUUACCUUCUUCAGUGAACAACAGUGUCCAAGGUCGAAGUUCAGACAGUUCAGACAACAACGAUUACGAUACAAUUGUGAAAGUUGAAAGGUCAAACAGCAAUGAAGGACAAGAAGAAUGGAAAAAGCCGUCAGAGAAGGCAGGAGAUAGCAGAGACGUUGUGAUAGAGAACAAUGUUCAUGCUCCAUUCAUAUCUGCUAACGCGAAAGAAGUCCCCAUUUCUAAACUCCUUAAGAAAGACUCGUUCAAUAAAAUUAAAUUCAAUCAGGAAGACUUCCUGAAUUCUAUAUUGUCCAGUCCUCAAACAAGUGUCAAGAGAGUUUCAGAAGGGGAGGGAACUGGAGCCUGCAAAAUUCCACCUCAUGCAAAGAAGCAUGGUAUUGGAAUAUCAAACAAAGAUAUGCAGCCGAUACCAAAGCAGAUUGCUGAUGGAGUAAUUAAGGAUUUCAAGAGUGCUGGAAGAUUUGAGGAAGGAAUCGGAAGGAACGUGGAUUCUGGCUGGGAAACUAUUGAAGAAGGCGUGUUUGAAAAUAAGUUUCUUGAGACUGACAUACCACAGGAGGUGGUAGAAAUAGCACUUCCACCAGACCCUAAUAUUCCACAUACAAGGAGCAGAAGGACUGAAGGCUACGAUUACACUGAACAAAACAGUUUUGAUUUUGACAGAAUGAAUCCAAUUGAUUCCAAAUCCAACUCGGUUGACAACUUUCAAAAUGAAAAUAUCCCUGGAAAGACAUUAUCAACAAAUGAAAAUUGCCCAGACAGCAGGAAUCAGUCUAUGUAUUCCAAAGAAUCCGUGGAAUAUUCGGAUCUCCCACCCCUGAAGUAUCCAGAUCAUUCCCCUAUCAAUCCACCAUCUACUGCUGGAGAUGGGCAAAACCCUUUAUUAUCCAAUCUUAGCAACGAGAAAUCUGGUCAUAGCACACAAUUACCUCCGAAGAAGAAGUCACAGGAAAUGACAUCACUGUCUGGUGAGAAUUUUACUUUCACAUCGGAGCUUAAUAAAGAUGAUAUUUCUGGCUAUCAGGAGUUCACCAACAGUACUAAGAUCAGCUACAGUAAUAAGGUCACAGGGAAUAGUUCCCUUCACACAGUGCCGCGCUAUGCUAGCUACAUGUCAUCACUGCAGUCACUAUCAGAUCACCAUGGAUUCGUCAUCAAAGAUGUCACUCCGGAUGGAAAUUGUAUGUUCAGUGCCAUUGUUGACCAGCUACGCAUCCAAGGCAACUUUGACCUCACUCCGAACUCACUCAGAAAAACAGCCGUGGAGUACCUGAGAGCUAACCCUAAGAACCAGGAUGGUACUCAUCUGGAGUCCUUCCUGUCCACAGAAACUUGGCUGGAGUACCUCAACCGCAUGGGGCAGGAGUCGCAAUGGGGCGACCACAUGGUACUGCAGGCCUGUACCGAGGUGACUGGUCAGCGCAUUGUUGUGUUCAAACCGAACACCAACAAAACUGUCUUGGUACCCACAGCCGAGGAAUCUUUGGAGAACACAAGCCUUACUCUUGGACACAUUGGGGAGUCGCAUUUCGUCAGUCUCCGUCCAAAAGAUUGGGAAACCAAUUGGCCUCUCAUGGCACAUGCCCAUAGAGCUAAAAUGAAGGAGAAACAGAAAUUAGCAAGAAAGAAAAUCCGUGAAAUUAAGAAAUCGAAGAAACAGAAAAAGACCCCAGAACCAACUGUUUCGAACAAAGAGGAUUCCACAUCUGCUGAUGAAAAAGGGAAGGAGACAGGAAGUGAGAAAGGGGAGACAGGAAGUGAGAAAGCGAAGGAGGCAGGAAGUGAGAAAGGGAAGGAGACAGGAAGUGAGAAAGGGGAGACAGGAAGUGGAACAGGGGAGACAGAAAGUGGAACGGGGGAGACAGAAAGUGGAACAGGGGAGACAGGAAGUGGAACAGGGGAGACAGAAAGUGGAACAGAGGUGACGGAAACAGAAGGAGCUACGCAGGAAGUUGUAAAGGAGAAAGAACCAGACAAGGACGAAGACGAUGACAGCGACGAAGAGGAGGUUGAAUCUGACGACUCACAGUUCAAGACCACUGAUGACAUCAUUGUAUUUUUACAUGACUGGAGAUGUACUGAUAAGGAAAGUAAGAUACCAAUGCUACAUCUAGAGUACCUUUUAAGAUCUACACUGCCACCUAAUUGCCCCAGUAUACAAGGCUGGUUGUAUUGUCAUGCCACAGAAAAAACCCAAUCCCAUCGCACCAUAGAGUAUCUAGGAAGUUGCACGGAACAACUCCGAAUGUUCAUACAUCAUCAACAGGUAGAACAGACAUGCUGCGAAAAACUGCAGUCAAGGAAAGUCACUUCUGCCACUAUAUCGGAAGGAUCGUAUGUGAGACAUCAGGAAGAAAAGAUACAGCCUUUGUAUGAUUUGAUGGCAGACCCAACAGACUGUUCUCCAGGUUACCUCAGGUUAAUACCUAAUGCACCCCGAAUGUGGCAUCCUUUCUCGUUAUUAAUGUCGCCUGAUGGGAAAACUUGUUUGUCGUCUCAUGUUGACAAAGGAGGCCAUAUAAUUAGACCACUAGUAGGUUUAAGGUGCUCACAUUGGCCAGCUGUUGCGUUGGAAUGGAUGUCACGUCAUCGCCCGAGCAACUGGCCCGGUGAGCAAGUGAUACAAUCAGCAGUAGAGGACGAAUGUUUGGUAAUAUCUCGAGCACACCCCUUUAGCAGCUUCCCAGAUGCCGAGUGGCAGUAUGUCUUCCCAUGUGCCGAACGUCUCCUCGCUUUAGAUGCACUGACGGUUGACAUGCGGCACUGCUUCUGGGUCUUCAAAAGCAUUGUGGACUAUUAUCUGAUUAAGGCACCAGCUAGACUGAAAACAACACAUCUGAAAACAGUACUUUACUUUGCCUGUGAGACCAUUUCGAUUGAUUUGUGGAAGGAAAACAAAGCUGGAUGUCUUAUCUAUCUCCUGCACAUGCUUCUUAGAUAUUUGACAUCCAAACGUCUCCUGAACUAUUUCAUUACUGGAAAUAAUAUGCUUGAUGGUUUUACGGAUGAGCAGCUGGCCUUCUUCACAACAACGAUACAGGUGAUUCGCUUCUUCCCAAUUCAUGCCAUCGCAUUCAUGCUAGACCACUAUGGUAUUAGAUGCUUGGACACCAUUCAUCUCCUUAUUGAUGAUAUUGAAGGUUUCCGUAGAGACCUAGAUAUAAACAAGACAGUACAGGGUAUGUUUGUCCCUUGUUUCUUGCAAGAUUUUACAACAAACAUUAUUUAUCAGGCCUACGAACUUGCAGCCAAUUUGCUGCAUAAUGCACACUUCUUCAUAGAAAUUGCAAACAGUGUUGUCUCCAGCAAAGAUCGAACCGUCAUAACAUUUCAUGACUUUGUUGUUCAAGCCCUCAAAGCGGAACAUCAAGAGGACAUACAAAGUGUGUCUAUCUACCUUGAUCGGCUGUUUGGUACUCAGUUUCAGGAGUUCCACAAGUUUGAGGUCACAGCAGAGGCACAUCCAGACAGCGGAACCCGUUCUGGGAACCCAAAGGAUGCAACAAAUACAUUGCUGCCGGACCUUCACGGGUCCUUAAAACAUAUAGAAGAACCUUUCUCCGAGGGAGCAUCGGAAACAAGUGGUAAUAUGCUUCCCGAAGCUGUGACAUCAGACGGAGAGAAGCACACAUUCAGAGAGCCUCAACACCAACUUAAGGACCUGCUUGGCGCUAGCAAAGCUGGACAAUAUGCCGAUAAACUUUUACCAUCCGGAACAAUGGAUUCUAUCGUACUGCAAUCAAAAUUUCUUCUAAAAUUUGUAUCAAAUUUACAUAACACAAACCAACUUGAGGAAUGUGCACAUUUUGCUACUUGUGGAAUUGACUUGAUAAAACAAAACCAGGCAGAUCAAUUGGACGUCUCCUGUAUAGAGGACCCUAUGCUGAGGAGCGAGGUGGAGAAGCAUCAUUUGGACAUUGAGACCAGUCUGAAGUCCUACCUCAAAGAGUUUGUGUGCAUGUCGAGUGCUUCUGGGACAUGAUUUCCUCACCCAAAAACAAAUACUUCAAAGAGGUUGCAUCCGACGACCCAUUUAUCCUUAAAUUGCUAGAGACCAUAUUGUCACAAGGAAAAGAUAAUCAGCAAUGACCUUCAAUAUUGUGAUUUCUGUUCCGUUUUGCAUUAAGGAGGGGUUUUUACGGACUUCAACACAAAGACUCGCUCCCUUGGGUAAAACUUAUGAUUUUUCAAGAAUACGGAAACUUGGAGACAGUUCCCUUGGGAACUACUAGAUUUUGUUAAACAACAUCUGGAUUUUGAUGAACUAUUUUUAUUCGGAAAACAGAUAUCAGUGUGGACAUUCAGAAAAAUAAAACAGUAUGUCAACAUCAACUGUUGACUGAAAUUGAAAGCAAGAUUGAAGCUCGAAAUUAUGCCAGAAUGGAGACUUGUUUCCUUAACUCAUUCACCUCUGAAAUUUCAUAAUGAACUGUUCCAACCUUUGAAUUGGAAGAGUUCAAAUGUGUCCUCAGGGUUGCACGAGUUAUGCAAGAAUGGAAUGCCAACAUAAAGGCCUGUUCUAUUUAGGAACUGAUUCUGGGAGUAUAUUUUAGCAUUGAAUUCUAUCGGGCAAGACUUGAACAUUUAAACAGUUAGGCCAACAUGCAGAUUUGUUCUGUCCAUCUCCAAUGGAGGGCUGAAGUUUGAUGAACAAUUCUUUCAACAUAUAUGUAUGUCAGCUGUUCCCAUGAAAAAAAACCUGAAGUUUUCAUGGACAUAAGAUUAAUCAGUUUAUUCAUCAUAUCAUAAUAGACUGGUCUGUUGCUCUUUUUAGGAAUUUUCAAAUUAUAGGGAUGUGCUAACUUUGAGAAGUCUACUGAUUUUUAUACGCCCAUCGAAUUUCGACGGACAUAUUAUGGUAUAUAUAUAUAUAUUAUGGUCCGUCCGGUUAAAGUUUGGGUGCAAUUUCUUCAGUGGUGUACAGUUUAUUCAGAUCAUGUGUUAUUGUCCUAAUUUUUGGCAUUUUGGCAUGGAUGUUCUUGUUGGGUCUAAGAAGGACAAUAUGGAUUUAAUUUGGGAAAAUAAUUUCUAUUUUUGGAAAUUUUGGACGUGUUUGGGACUUAACUUUUCUCGCACAAUUUCUCGGUUAAAGUUUUGGUGCAAGUUUUUUAAGUAGUGUACAGUUCAUUCAGAUUAUCAUGUGUUACUGUCCUUUUUUUGGCAUGGAUGUUCAUGUCGGGUCUUAGAAGGUCUUAGAAGGACAAUAUGGAUUCCAUUUGGGAAAAUAAUUUCUAUUUUUGGAAAUUUUGGACGUGUUUGGGACUUGGCUUUUCUCACGCAAUUUCUCGGUUAAAGUUUUGGUGCAAGUUUCUUAAGUGGUGUACAGUUCAGUCAGAUCAUGUGUUAUUGUCCUUAUUAGGUACUUUAAUAUCAAACAAACAGUCAAAAGGGCGUAUAAUGCAUCCGUUUGCGGUGCUCUUGUUUAACGAGUAAACCAAUAUUGAGUUACCUGUUUUAAAUGGUUAUCAAUAUUGAGUUACCUGUUCUAAAUGGUUUUCAAUAUUGAGUAACCUGUUAUAAAUAAUUAUCAAUAUUGAGGUACCUGUUCUAAAUGGUUACCAAUAUUGAGUUACCUGUUCUAAAUGGUUAUCAAUAUUGAGUUACCUGUUCUAAAUGGUUUUCAAUAUUGAGUAACCUGUUAUAAAUAAUUAUCAAUAUUGAGGUACCUGUUCUAAAUGGUUAUCAAUAUUGAGUUACCUGUUCUAAAUGGUUAUCAAUAUUGAGGUACCUGUUCUAAAUGGUUAUCAAUAUUGAGUUUCCUCAGAGGUCUCGAUCUUAAGUCAACAUACUAAGAUCUAAUACAAAUUUUGAGGUUUCUAUUAUUUGAAAGCAAUGUAUCAACAUAGAUUCCAAUCAACUGAAUUCAAGAGAAAAUAACUUAAAAUUUACAAGUUAUAUGACUUUUAUAUGUUAUACAGACAGAGUUUCUGUGUUGAAUGUUAUACUAUAUGCAAACAUAGAGAUAAUUGUUUUGUGAAAUUUAAAUCUGAAAUAUAUGUAUAUAUGCAAACAUAAAUAUAAUUGAUUUUUGAGAAAUUUACCGCAAAUAUUUCAGAGGUUUUUCUAUGAACAAAAUGUCAAUAUGGAUAAACAUCUGAAGUUUGAAAGUUUGGCAACGUGAAGGCUUUCCAACUUGGGAACAUUUCAUAUAUCUAAUGUAUAUGUGGGUUAUGUGACAUUAUCUCAUGCAUGUGUGGGUUAUGUGACAUGAUCUAAUGCAUAUGUGAGUUAUGUGACAUUAUAUUAUGUAUAUGUGGGUUACGUGACAUUAUUUAAUGCAUAUGUGAGUUAUGUGACAUUAUUUAAGGCACAUGUUGAUUAUAUGUCAAUAUUUGAUGCAUAUGUGGGUUAUGUGACAUUAUCUAAUGCAUAUGUGGGUUAUGUGACAUUAUCUAAUGCAUUUGUGAGUUAUGUGACAUUAUUUAAUGCAUAUGUGGGUUUUGUGACAUUAUCUUAUGCAUAUGUGGGUCAGACAUUAUUUAAUGCACAUGUUGAUUAUAUGGCAUUAUUUAAUGCAUAUGUGGGUUAUGUGACAUUAUCUAAUGCAUAUGUGGGUUAUGUGACAUUACCUAUUGUUACACCUCAAGUGAAUUUCUAGCUAUUUGAUUGGUUGGGAGAAAAUUAAACAAAAAUCUCUGUCACAC